AUCAACCAAUGAGCAGGUGCUUGGCGCAGAGGCACGUCGGCAGAGGUGUCAAAGGUUUCCGGCAUCGCCAUCAUUUGAAUUGAUAAUUACAGAAUCUGCAUAGUGACAAUUACUGUCUCUUUAUUACUAUCACUCUGAUCAAACAACAUGGAGAAAGUCCUUGCAGCCUCGGUGAUUUUGUUUGUUAUGACGCAGGUGUACUGCGAAAUAUUGUUGUCUGACAAAGUUUACGUCGAUGGUGUGCUGGUAGCCGAGAAAAAAGUGCCACCGAUCCGUAAGAGGAACUUCCAGCGUGUCUGGGUGGACGAAGCGGUCAGCGUAAUGUCAAUGGGGGACGUUCCCAAACCACUGUACGUAGGAAAUGCUGUCGUUGUGCAGUCGCAUGACUACAAAAAUGGCGCUUUCUUCCCUAUCGGCCCGAAGAAGACUUAUAAGGCUUUUUAUUACCGAAACCAGCCCCCAAUUCCACGAUCCGUCAUGGCAAAGGCCGGAAUGAUUUAAACAUCCCCCUGUUGUUACAUUAAUAUUUUGUUUCCGGUAUUUUGGAUUAUAUUUUUAUAUAAAUCUGUAUUUUUCUUGAUUUCUUAUAUUUCCUUUACAAUGAAAUUGUUACACCGAGAAAUCUUAUUUACUAUUCAUUGAAAGUAUAAAGAAAUUGUGCAUGACA